AUGGCCUCUCGUGUCCUGGUCUCUGGUCUCCCCCGGUCUCUCCCUCCCCUCCCUCCGGGGCCUGCCCCUACCUGCGUUCCCUGCGUCGAGGGGCGGCAGCGCGCCGCUCCUCACUCCUCCGAGUUUCCGCCGACAGAGGCUCCGCUGCAGACUCUUCACAUGGACGUGUGGGGCCCAGCCCGCGUCCGUGGACAGGGUCACGAGCGCUACUUCCUGCUGGUGGUUGACGACUACUCGCGUUACACCACAGUCUUCCCCUUGCGCCGCAAGGAUGAGGUCACUGAGGUGUUGAUCGACUGGAUCCGCGCUGCUCGUCUCCAGCUCAGGAAGAGUUUCGGCUCGGACUUUCCUGUUCUGCGUCUGCACUCUGACAGAGGCGGAGAGUUCUCCUCCGGCCCUCUACGAGCCUUCUGUCAUGCGAGGGGCAUCCGCCAGACGUUCACGCUUCCGGCCUCUCCGCAGCAAAAUGGGAUUGCUAAGCGCCGCAUUGGCAUGGUCAUGGAUGUCGCUCGCACGUCCAUGAUCCAUGCGGCUGCUCCCCAUUUUCUGUGGCCGUUUGCAGUUCAGUACGCGGCGCAUCAGAUCAACCUUCAGCCCCGGGUCUCCAUGCCCGACACCUCCCCCACUCUGAGGUGGACAGGGCAGGUUGGCGAUGCGUCUGCGUUUCGUGUCUGGGGAUCUCUGGAUUUUGUCCGAGACUUGUCUACGAACAAGUUGUCCUCCCGUGCUGUUCCCUGCGUCUUCCUUGGCUUCCCCCCUGACGCGCCUGGUUGGCAGUUUUACCACCCCACCUCGCGCCGUGUUCUGUCCUCCCAGGACGUCACGUUUGACGAGUCGGUUCCGUACUACCGUCUCUUCCCCUACCGCGCUGUCCCCCUACCUCCCCCGCCGCUCUUCCUUACGCCAGGUCCCCCCCCGGUAGACCCCCUCCCCCCUCAGGGUCCUGCUCCUUCAGGUGUGUCUCAGGUAGACCCCCCCCCCUUGGCUGAGCCUUUGGAGGUCACUUCCGACACCUCUGGCUCACCUGAGGGGGGUGACGUUGCUGCUGACGCCCCGGCGGCCUACCGCCUCGCGCCACGCUUGGAGACCCCUCCGGGGUUCCCUCCGCGACCUUCUUCGCCGCCUCUGCAGCCGGUUACUGUUGGUUCUCGUGCUGUUGGGGGUGGUGCUCCUGGAGGUGCUGCGUCUUGCGGUGCGGAGUCUGGGGGUGCUAAGCCUGCGCGUGAAGAGCUUGGAGGUCCUACGCCUGUGGGUGCUGUGUCUGGGGGUACUGAGCCUGUGUGUGCGGAGUCUGGGGGUGCUGAGUCUGGAGGUGAGACGCUUGAGGGUACUGGGACUGCUGGUGCGCGGCCUACUUGGAGUGGCCGCCUUCGUCCGCGUGUGCCCCUCACCACUCAGCAGCUGCACGACUGGUACGGUCGCCGUCAGGGUCGCGCUGCUGGAGCCCGGGGCUCUGCUGCUGGAGGUACUGGAGCUGCUGGGGCUGGGGGUGCUGCGCCUGGAGGUGCUGCUGUGGGAGACGCUGCGGUAGGAGAUCCUGGGACUGGAGGUGCUGGUUCUGGGGGUGCUACUGCGGGAGACACUGCGGUUGGAGACCCUGGGACCGGAGGUGCUGGUUCUGGGGGUGCUGCUGCGGGAGACACUGCGGUUGGAGACCCUGGGACUGCAGGUGCCGGUUCUGGGGGUGCUGCUGCUGGUGACGCUGGUUCUGGAGCUGCUGGCGCUGGAGGUACCGGUUCUGAGGCUGGAGCUUCUGGAGCUGCUGGAGGCACUGGAGCUGCUGGAGGUGCUGGAGGUUCUGGAGCUGCUGCAGCUGUUAGAGCUGCUGGAGCUGCCGGAGCUGACAGGUAG